AGUUCCACUCUUGAGCGCUCACAGUCGACUUCAAGACAGCAUUAUUUUUGUACCUGUUUUUGUACUUUAGGGUCAUAUUCUGUAGAGUGGCAAGGUCCUUCAACACUUGAGGUGUUGUUGUGAAUUGGUUGACAGUCCGUAUUUUUCUCGCCUUGUCUAGAUCUGCAACGAUCCAAGAAGCGCCCCGAACGAAAGCCAGUAAACUUGACAUAGCCGAUAGCUCUGCAUGCAUUGUUUCUAGAUACAUUUCAGUAGGGCUACAGUUUUAUUGGUGAAUAGUUAAACUGUGUCCAUAACAAUGAAUAAAUCUAAGUUAGCAAUCGGACUUUUUGUCGCAGGUAUUCUGACUGUAGUGUUUGGGACAAUUAUUGUAUUCGUUGGACCAAUCAUCAUUGACGAGCAAAUAGUAAAGAACUUAGUAAUAGACCCUAAGAAUGAGAUGUCCUACACCAUGUGGAAGGACAUCCCUGUCCCCUUCUUCAUGUCUGUUUACUUCUUCAACGUCCUCAACCCCACCGAAUUCCUGGCGGGAGAGAAACCCAUGGUGGAGCAGAGAGGACCCUAUGUAUACAGGAAGCGUAUUCAGAAGCAGAACAUCACGUUUCAUCCCAACGAUACAGUGUCAUAUCUUGAAUACAGGAGCUACUUCUUUGAGCCCAGCAUGUCAGUGGGCAAUGAGUCAGAUGUGGUCACCAUCCCCAACAUGCUGGUGUUGGGUGCGGCGGUGAUGAUGGAGAACAUGCCACUCGGAGUGCGUCUGUUGAUCAGCACCACCUUUAAAGGUUUUAAGGAGGGACCAUUCCUCACCAAGUCUGUAGGAGAGCUGAUGUGGGGCUACGACAGCAAGCUGGUGGACUUCCUCAAUAAAUGGUUCCCUGGCAUGCUGCCCUCCACCGGCAAGUUUGGCCUCUUCUCUGAGUUCAACAACACCAACACUGGUCUGUUCACCAUCCACACUGGGAAGGAUGACAUCCGGCUGAUUCACAAAGUGGACUCAUGGAACGGCCUGACCAAGUUGACCAAUUGGAAGACUCCCCAGUGUAACAUGAUCAACGGCACAGCAGGACAAAUGUGGCCUCCUUUCAUGACCAAAGAGUCCACACUGCCCUUCUACAGUCCUGACGCCUGCAGGUCUUUGGAGCUGGUGUACCAGCGUGAGGGGAUAAUGAAGGGGAUUCCCCUCUAUCGCUACGUGGCUCCUAAGACUAUGUUCGCUAACGGCUCAGACUACGCUCCCAAUGAGGGCUUCUGUCCCUGCAGACAGUCUGGCCUCCUCAACGUCAGCAGCUGCAGAUCCAACUCGCCAGUGUUCAUUUCCCACCCCCACUUCUACAAUGCUGACCCUGUGCUGCUGGACUACGUACAGGGACUUCAGCCUACUGAGGACGAACACGGACUAUUCAUAGACAUCCACCCUGAGACUGGUGUGCCUCUGAAUGUGUCUAUCCGUCUGCAGCUCAACCUGUACAUGAAGAUGGUGUCAGGAAUCACGGAAACGGGGAACAUCUCAGAGGUGGUGAUGCCCAUGAUCUGGUUUGAGGAGAGUGGUUAUAUCGACGGUGCCAUCCUGAAAACGUUCCACACUAACCUGGUGAUAUUGCCAAUGGUGAUGGUGUACAUGCAGUACUGUUUCAUAGGCCUUGGCCUGGCCACCAUACUGGGAGCUGUACUGCUACACUACAGAGAGAAGCUCAUAAUUUGUGAGAGGACUGUCAUACCGGACGCCAAAGUGAGCACUUCACCCAGCGAACAAACCCCUCUAAUACAGGACCACGUGGACUAACGCAUGCGCACACACAUGUAGGGAGAGCUGCCUAGGCCAGUUCUGCAGGACUCUGUCUGCAUGUGUUUGAGACUGAAGAGCACUGGAACCCCAAAACCACUGACUAUUCUCUCUCGCGCGCUAUAUAUAUAUAUCUAAACUCUCUCAGGCCUGGCCUGGUGCUCACCUGACUACACCUCACCUGGUACGGUUCUCACCUGGUCCUGCAUCUGCUCCAGGAGACUUUCUCGACCUUUAAUUCUGUUCAGGGCUCACUGGUCAACAGGGAAGGGCAGGACCACCCCGGUUGGUUCUGCUCUUUGGUGUCCCAUCCAACCCUCCAAUGAGGAUCCACUCUGAGAUUACAUCAUCAUGGAACAUCACCGCAUCCACACAGUCGCUGUUAUGUGUUAUCCUUCCAUUUCUUCAGAUGCUUUAACAACAACUUAAUAUCAUGUGUUUUUACUGUUCCUGAAAUGCCAUAGGAAACCACUCCGCUAGAUCUGUAUUGUUAAGCGUUCCUCUCCUCUGGGUAGAUGUUACCUGUAUGCACAGAUCUAGGAUCAGCAAACCUUAGCCAUUGCAGGAAGAAAUGCAAAACUGACCCCAAAUCAGCACCUAAAAGCAACUUCAUUCUACAAUAUCUCACCAGACCAAAGAAACAAAAAGUUUACUUUCUGCAUUGACUGGAAUUUAAAUGGGAUUUACCCCAACCCAGGGGCUUAGGCACGGAUUGGCCUGGGUGGGCAAAGGCCCACCCACUCAGAUUGCUCAAAAAAUGGUCUACUUGUCAGUGUUCCAAAUGGAACAUUUAGUUGUCUUUUUACCUUAGCACAGUACUUGACUUGGGCAGGAGUUCACUGGAGCUGAGUACUGGCACCUUCAAAUUUUCUUUUGCUUGAAUUCAUGCACUUCCUAUUGAAUAUUAACUCAAAAGUAUUAAGGUGUUCCUGCACCUAAAUAUAAACGGUACCGGCACCCAAACUGAGUACUGGCAAGUCAAACACUGGCCUAAACAUGUAUACACCAUCAGAUAGAAUUCAUAGCACACAGUAAGAAGGGGGUGAGAAAAUGAAAGGGAGAUAUAUAUUUAUAAUACAUUUUAUUUGGCAGAUGCCUUUCAGGUCACUCAAGGACAUCUUACAUCAAAUCUAUUUCAUUUAGGCCUAUGUAAUGAAUCUGAAUUAAUUAUUUACUGGGAAAUAAAAAAUAAACUGUCAGCUUAUUUCAAAAAUAA